GGCUGCCCGGGACCUCACCUCUGCCAGGCUGCCGCGCUGGUCGUGGCCGGGGGAGGAGCUGAUUUCCUCCUGCUUCCCGCUUCCCGCGGGGAAGAUAACAAUGAAAGUGAAAGAGGUGGAGCGGGGGCGAGGCCUGGUUUCUUGGGCCGGGUCGCCCUACGGCCUGGGGCAAACCCCCUCCUCCUGGCCUCAACUGCUUUCGCUGUUUAGGGUAUCAGAUGAGGUAAUCCCCGAGCCUCCAGGCUCAGAAGGGGUGGGCGUUUGCAGCCGCUGCCGGGCUGCGUCUGGAACUUCUCAGACGGCUGCUGUCGGCUCUAAAUCUUAACCAAAUCCAGGCCUGCGGGCUCCUCCUUCCCCAGCUCCCCCGCCCCCCGCGCGCCCGCCAACCUGCGCGUGGAGAAAGGCGCAGUGGCCUCCGCGCCCUUCCGACCCGUGCGCUUUUCUGGGGUCCCCCGUCCGAGCCCCAUCCCGACACUGAGCAGAGCAUCUCACUGCAGACCUGGUGAAGCGACCCGAGGCGGGGGCUGGCGCUCCUUCCCCAGCAUCUAAGGGGCGCUGAGAGUCGAGCGGGCCCUGGGAGGCGGAGCGGGGCCUCGACGGGGUUAAUCACUGCACCCGGGGCUCGACGGACAGAGCCGCACACAGGCUCGAAGGCGGGCCCCGCGCCGGGACCUGUGACACACCCGGGGCUCCGUGCUCCCUCCUGGUCUCCACCUAAAGCUCCGUGGCCAUGAAGGGAAGCUGGCGUCCAGAGGGGAAAGGGGACGGCCCCGAGGAGGGGGCAGAGGGCGGGGACGGCAAACAGGGGCCCGAGCCGAGGGAGCGCGAGAUUGGGGACUGGGGACAGGGGGUGCCGGGACAGGACGGAGACCCGGGGCUGGGGAUGGGGACGCCAGGAGAGCCCGGCGUCUGAAAGCGGAGGGCACCGGCCGGGCGAGACGAGGAUGCAGCGCCGAGGCUUCCUCCUCCUCGCCCUCCUCGUCCUGCUGGCGCUCACCUCCGCGGUGGCCAAAAAGAAAGACAAAGUGAAGAAGGGAGGCCCGGGGAGCGAGUGCGCGGAGUGGAUCUGGGGGCCCUGCACCCCCAGCAGCAAGGACUGCGGCGUGGGUUUCCGCGAGGGCACCUGCGGGGCCCAGACGCAACGCAUCCGGUGCCGGGUCCCCUGUAACUGGAAGAAGGAGUUUGGAGCCGACUGCAAGUACAAGUUUGAGAGCUGGGGGGCAUGUGAUGGGGGCACAGGCACCAAAGCCCGCCAAGGCACCCUGAAGAAGGCGCGGUACAAUGCCCAGUGCCAGGAGACCAUCCGUGUGACCAAGCCCUGCACCCCCAAGACCAAAGCCAAGGCCAAAGCUUCAUUCCUGACUCACAGCAGCCCUGGAGGCCAACAGGGCAGAGUGGAAUCUGCCCACUUCUCAGCCAAGAAAGGGAAGGGAAAGGACUAGCGGCCAGGCCUGGAUGCCAAGGAGCCCCUGGCUUUACUCGGAGGCCUGGCCCACGCCCUCCCUCUCCCGGCCCAGGAUAUAACCCACCAGUGCCUUUUGCCUACUCAUUAGCUUUAUCAAUCAUGCCCUGCUUCUUCCCUUCCACUUGCCCACACCCACCCCAAGUGCCCAAAGUGGGAGGGACAAGGGAUUCUAGGCAGCUUGAGCCUCGCCCAAAGGGAUUUGAUUCCCCUGUACCCACUCUUCUUCUUCCCCCAAUGAUGCCAUUACUAAGAAAUAAAUAAAUGUCUUUUUUUUUCCCCAAUAAAAGCUUUCUUUUAAUAUAUAAAAGCCCCUU